AUGCUUAGCUUCUAUGCUGAUAAGCCCAGUCCUGAUACACUUUGUAACUGUCUCCACUCUUGUAUCACAAUGCUUAGCUUCUAUGCUGAUAAGCCCAGUCCUGAUACACUUUUUGUUUGUGUUCAGGAGUUCUACAAGCAGCCUACCAACCAGUCUGCAGUGGAAGGUUCUACAAUUGUUCUACGAUGUAUUAUCAAGAACAGGGUUGGAAAUGUGCAGUGGACGCGUGGUGGGUUUGGACUUGGUCCAAUGAGAGACCUACCCGGGUUUGACACAUAUACCAUGAUAGGGACCAAGGGUAUCACAGAUGCUACAGAUGAGUAUAGCUUGAAGAUAGAGAACUUAAAACUUGAAGAUGACAACUUCUUCUCAUGUCAAGUAAGCGGUACAGAUGAUGAGCCCUUUAUUGUCAGCAGAGUGGCUUAUGUGACAGUACUUACUCCACCUAAUAGGCCAACACUUUCUGGUCCACUUAUCCCAGUUGAACUGGACAAGCCAAAGAAUGUAUCAUGCAAUGUGAUAAAUGGUAAACCUCAGCCCCAGGUCAUGUGGAAGAAAGAUGAUGUAAGGAUAACAGAUAAUACUUACGAAAUAGCUGCUCUACAGAAGGAUGGAAAACGUGUAAACGUGACUGGAAAAAUAACAAUAACGGCAACUGCAGCAGACGCAGGGAAGAAAAUUGAGUGUGGAGCGUGGAAUGAGGCCUUGAAAGGUCAGGAUCCUCUGUGGACACAUGCUACACUUGAUGUACAAUAUGCUCCCAAAGUAAGAAUGGUUCACACUAACCCUGACAAGACUAUGAGAGAGUUUGACAUUGUUGAAUUUAAAUGUUCAGGGGAGGCUAAUCCAUAUGAAAUUACAUGGAAAUGGUAUAAAGAUGGAGAUAUUAUACCGGACCAAACAAGUAAUAAAUACCGGAUUGACCGGAUGCCACGUGAAUACCAUGGCAGUACAAUAAAGUGUGAAGCAACCAAUUCAGUGGGCAGCACAUCUGUGGAACAUUCCCUAAAUAUUCUGUAUGGACCAAAAUUUAAGGAUGAAAAUCCACAGCAUGUGCCAGUUGAUCUUGGGGACCGUGCUGAGCUCAAGUGUGAAGCUAGUGGUAAUCCAACAGCAGAGAUAACAUGGCGACGUCAAGGAAAAUUUACAGUACUACAUACCAGUUCUACGUAUGUGAUACCGAGUGUACGAGAGGGCAUGUUUGGGGUGUAUACAUGUACUGCUACUGUCCUUGGAUUCAAUGAGAUCAGCAGAGAUAUUUAUGUUACUGAAAAUGGUCCACCUGAAAUUAUAAGUGAUGCAACACAGUACGGGUCGGAGGAUGAGCAGGUUAUGAUCCAGUGUAUGAGUAUCUCCUCACCGAAACCCAUCUUCAUCUGGUCUCGUAACGGACAGCCGAUAGAUUAUGCCACGUCUGGACGCUUCUCGACAUCUGAGGAGGGUUUGCCGUAUGGAGGGAAGAGUUAUUUGCAAAUAUUGAAUGCUCAGCCAGACGAUUUUGGCGUAUACAACUGUACUGUGACAAACGGGAAAGGGGUGGCCUCACUUAUGAUUACAUUAGAAGAGACAGAAGAGAUGCCAAUGACUCUGAUUAUUGGAGGUGCUAUUGGUGCUGUGGCAGUGAUUUUGUUUAUUGUGUUAGGCUGUGUUGUGUAUCACAGAUGUCGGCAUUCAGACAAUGAAUCGUAUGCUGAGACAGACAGUAACACGGAGAUCCGGAAACGUGAUAAAAAUGAGUCACCAUCAGAGAUGACAAAGUCUACAUUGAUGGAUCAGUGGCGGCAAGAUUACAACUAUAGAUACUCGGCUGACUUUGAUGAGGUUGAUGCAAAAGGCAAGAAUGGACAAUAUGGAGGGAUUGAUACAGAAAGAUAUGGCACUAUGCCAACAAACUAUACAAAUGGACACAUCUAUACUGAGCAAAAUGGGGAUGACCUGGGUCCAUUAAACAGAUUUGAGAAUAGUUACAGCACUGGUUAUAUUCCAUCAACGUUUCGGAGUCCGUCAAGAACAGACUUUAUCAGCGGUCGAAUCUCUGCUAAUGAUCUUAAUAGUGGUAGAGUAUCUGCUAAUGACUUCACUAGUGGACGCAUUUCUGCAAACAAUUUAAAUAGUGGCCGUGUGUCGGCAACAGACUUUACUUCCGGGAGAAUCUCUACUGAACCGUUAGAACCAUUCAGACUCCCAGCUGCUGACUUUACGACAACCAAACUGGCUACAAAUGUAUAAUGCAUUUCAUUGUCAGUUUGAGAUAAUCAUUGUUUUAAAAGAAGUGUGAUUUCAUUGGACGAUUUUGAAAAUGAAUGUUGUAAAGUGCAAUUUGAUAAGAUAGUUAUGUUUUCUGUGUAAAUGUAAAAGAUUUAGUCAUCCACCGACCAAGUAAAUGGAAUGAAGUUUAUAAAUGAUUUGUGUGAAAAACAAAAGCUCCUAUUGAAAUUAUUCCAGCUGAUUUAAGUAUAACUUGUACUGUAUUUGUGCUGAUAUAUUUAAUGUGAAACAGUUGUAUAAAGUGCCUGUACAAAUUGUGCUAGAAAUUACUUAGAAAGAAAGUAACUUCAUCAAGUUUUAAUUCCACCACUGAAAUUUUCAGAGGAUUUAAUAAUCGUCCCUGUUGAAAAUUUUGCAGUCCAGGUUUUUAUUGUGCUUAUUGUUACUAUUUUUCAAUUCACAUUUUGGCUGAAUUCAGCAUUUUAAAAAGUUUUUAUCCAUUUUACAAUUACAGUCACAAACAUUUUGAUUUACUGUAUUCAGUUAAAGUCAGAUUGUUAAAUCAUUUUUCAAUUUAGCAAAGAUAAUUUUCAUUAUAACACAGAUUAUCUGCUUCAUAUAUAACUGUCUGUUAUACAGACUGAUUGAUAUGAUUCAUAUAAUAGCGUCUUGUUUUAUACAUACUAGACUACCAUCUUGAAACUUGUUUUACACGAUUUAUGAAAAGCAAUAAUUGCAUUUGCACUUGCAUGAACACAUAGUUUUGAUUUACACCAGAAUGUUAAACAGAAAUAUUCACUGCAGAUUAAUUCUUGCUUAUUUAGAAUUUUUUGAUUUUGCGAAAAUUAGUCCUCCUGAAAAAAUUGGAACUUAGUUUCUUUAUAUGGUGAACAUUUGUGAUUGGUGUAAUUAGGCAAUUAAUUGUGUGAAGUAAUGAUUACAUGAAGAUAUGUUUUUUUGUAGGAAUCAUUUGUCAACAUCAUUUCAUCAGAUGGUUAUUGUAAUAUUGUAUUAAAUAUGCUAAUUGUGAUAGGUGUGUAUGUAAUGCUACGAGUGUUUGUUAUUUCAUUGUCAAAAUUCUUAUGUGCAUUUUCACUAUAUACAGAGUUAGGCAUUAGCUAUAGAGUUAGGCAUUAGCUUUUGAUGUAUUUGAUCAUAUCUAAACAUAUUUGAAUAUUUGUUUUGGAAAUUAAGGUAGAUUUACUGAAUUUACUUACAAAAACAAUA